AUGUCUUUCCUGUGUUUCAUUGUUGAAAUUUGUAUAGCACUCUUGCUUAUAAGCGAGUGUCAAACAUCGGUUAAAACGCGCAAAUGGAACUAUGAACCCAUAUCGAUCGAAACCAACUCAUCCGACGAGAGUCUAAUAAAAUUAGAUGUCAAGAUUGAGCGCAUUAAUCGCGGAUUGUUUGGACUGACAGCCAAGAUAGACUGGAACUACGAUACGACUGACGAAACCAUGGUCGAGGCCCAUGUCCUUCGAAGCUCCACGGGGGAUGCCAGCGAUUACAAGCUGCUUCCUUGGGCCAUUCCCAAGCAAUCGCUUUACGACCAUCUGAACACCUAUUACAAGGAUGUGUCAAUGAAGAACUUUAAGCACUGCUCCAAUAUUCCGCAAUUCGAGGGAAAGUUUCAACCGCCAUUGCCAAAGAAGACUUAUUUCGGCAACAAAUGCGUGAUCGACGGCGAUGGGUUGCCAGAUAUUGUUCCUUCCGGAUUCUACUUGAUUAUAAUAAAAUGCUACGGACCAAAUCAACCCACAUGGAGCUCCUCCUCAGUUUUUAAAAUAACACAAAAAUUAAUGUAA